AUGUCUACCCGGGUUCAAUUAUCGAAGAAGCCAUCGUCAAUCGGAAAUCCACGCCGAAUGCUCAUUCAUCCUUGGGACGAUGCCAGCAAUUUCGACACAAAAUGCAUACACGCCAAGGAAACACUGCUGAGAAUCUCCUCUUGGCUCUUUGAAAUGAACUACUCUUUGCGAGGUAUUGUCCCUCUAGCUCAAUCGCAUUCGCGAUCUCCGGGCGGGAGUUACAGCCCGGCAGAUGAAAGCCGGUCGUUAUCCAGCUUCCCCACCAUCUCGUCAACAUCGCAUUCAACAUGGCACUGCCACGGUACAACAAUCGAUCCGACGUUUACAGCCAACGACAAACUUGGCCCCGAAUGUUUCGGUCUCGAACACAACGCUAGCUUACCGAGUCGCGGUCCUGCGCCAGACGUGUGCGCGGCAAUCAAUCACCGACAUUAUCCUCGCCUCGCGGUCUGGAAUGAUUCAGUCGCCCUCAUCGCCAGCUCGCAUCACCCACACAGGAGCGUCUUCCUAGCAGCCAUGUUCUGGCUACUGGAUCGCAGAAUUCCUCACCAUGCCGCUCCACCGACGCUGCUGAAGAUCACCAAGACCCUAUGUCAUCAUGCGCGACGCUUAAGAAUUCUUUACCAAGCCGCCAUUGAACUCGUCGCCCCUAUCAUUUUAAGGGUUGAAUCGUCGUCCUCGCUGGACAGGUAG